GUCACAUUGCUUUCUGUAGCUUUGGUUCUAUCUUUUAGUUCAUUUUGCUACUGUCACUACUCUAAAAACAUUUUCAAAAUGAUUUCAAAAUAUUAAAAAUAUCAUUUGCAAAAAUGAAAACAUUGCCUAUCUUACUCUUGUCAUCCUGGGAAUCAUGGGAAAAAGCUCUGACCUUAGUAGACAUACACUGCCAGGAUCCUAGCUUUCUAGGUUGAAGUUUCUUUUGUUUGUAAAUUAUUUUCAUUUUGGUAAAUAAAUAUUUUGUAAAAAUAUUUUUAUUGGUGGUGGUGGCAGCUGCACAGCAUGAAUGCACCUCUGGUCUUCAAGUCUUUCCUUCUCUUUGAGGGAGAGAAGAAGAUUGCUAUCAACAAGCACACCAAGGUACCCAGUGCUUGUUUGUUCACCAUCAACAAAGAGGAUCACAUACUGGGAAACAUCAUCAAAUCACAGUUAUUGGAAGCCCCCCAGAUGCUAUUUGCAGGCUAUAAAGUCCCUGACCCACUGGAACAUAAGACUGUCAUUCCUAUACAGACCACUCCAGAUUACCACUCUCAGGAGACUUUUAUGAAUGCUAUCCCAGAUCUGAUCAGCUAGUUCUCCUUGUUGGAAGAGUGAUUUCAGAUUGCUAUUGAGGAUAAACAAGAAGGAACUGAGUAGUUCUUGAUGUCUUCUUCAUGCAGUUUCUGUAGGAUUAUGAGCACAGAAACUCUUCCUCCUUCUUUGACAUCUACCUGCUAUGAAGAGUUUGAUGAGGGAAGCCACCUCAUUGCUUUUUCUCUUCAGGGGACAACUAUCAUUUCCUCAUCACAGGUAUUUCUUACCUCUUGAGUCACUGUCUUUCAGUAUCUCAAGCAGCACUUUGGAGCCAUAUUCAAAAUUCUGCUUGCCAUGAAAACUUAGUGAUAGUCUGGUCAGUAUGGGCUGGAGACUAUUCGAGGGAGAUGUGCUCACUAGACAGUUUAAUUAUAAUGAAACAAUCGUCAUUAAUGGAUCUGUGUCCAGCUGGAAAGAGGCCUGCCAAAGGGCUCUGUCCUAUGGCUAUAAAUGGUGUGCUAUAUAGAUUGGGAGACAGAGCAGUUCACUGGAUGCCAGUUUACUUACAAUUUGUUGUUGUUGAUGGUUAGUUACUAAGAAUAUAAUUAAAAACAAAAACAUGCCAUCCACCCCAUUAUAAAGACAAAGUUGGAACCAAAUAGCAAGAUAAAGAGAAGACACCUCCAACCUGGUCCAUAGGAAUUGUCAGACUUUUUUUCAGGAAUUGAGUCAGUUGUGCUGACCUUUUUUUCCCUCCAAAAGGAUACUAUUUGUUAUAUGGGAAGGCUCUAGGAAGAAUACAUGGGCUAAUGGUGAUGUAACAAAUGGAAAAUAUUAAUUAAAACUUUAGAAAAGAAAAACAAUGUCAUCAUGAACAUUUUGCAUUCUAAAUUCUCUCCCUUCCUUUGGAAGGCCAGCAAGUGAAGUCUCUUAACAGGUCAGACCUAAUUGGACUCCCAACCCAUAGCCCAGCAAAACUCACUACUAAACAACCUGUCUUUUUGCAUUUGUUGUUGUUCAGUCAUUUUUUCAGUCAUAUGAUACUAAAGAACCUGGGAUCUCAUCUAGUCAAGUAUUUUUAUUAGAGGGGUGGAUCAGAGGACUGAUAAAUUUUCUAAAACACUGUGAGAACAGAAAGGAACCUUUGGAUCCUCUGCGUGCUUUUGUUUAGUUCUUUUAGCCAUGUCUGACUUUUCAUGAACUCAUUUUGGAGUUUUCUUGGCAAAAAAAAAUUGGAGUACUUUGUCAUUUCCUUUUCUAGAUCAUUUUACAGGUGAGGCAAAUAGGAUUAAGUGCCUGGCCUAGGGUCACCCAGGUAGAAAGUAUCUAAGGUCAGAUUUGAACCCAGAAAGAUAAGUCUUCUUGACUUUAAGCUCAGUACCACCUACCUUGCCUUUAGGUUUGCAUAUGUCCAUGUGAUUUGUCUCAGACUGGGACUCAAGAUUCUUUGUUCCAGUUUGGGAAUCCCAUUCACCUCAGUUUGGUUCCCCCUUCUGUCUGUGCCCUUGAAUCUGUCUAGGUUUGGGGUUUGCACUUCUGGAUCACACAAAUAUCUCCAAUAUACAGCUUGAAAAAUUGGAAACUUUUAAUACCUUAUCUCCACACUUCAAAUAUAACUGUCAUACUAAGUUAAAAGUUUCAAGCAACCACUCUAACAUGGAGAGUCAUGACAUACACAGGAAAGAAUCAUUGAAUGCUGAUUUCAUUUUAUUUCUAUCCGGGGAACUAUUUGGAAGCGAAAAGUAAUGGGAACUUGUGGGUUUAAUUUCUUUACAAAGCUGUGUGAAAUCCUUGCUGAUUUUUCUCUUAGUUGGAACUUUUAAAAAAUUUAUUCGGAUGUUUUAUGCCAAUCCCCCCAAAACUCAUUCGGAUAGAAGUGUCAGACAGAUUCAUUCCAUUUAAAAUGUAUUUUCUAAGUAAUCAGUAUGUGUAAUGGACUUUGUUAAAUGCUUUGGGGGACUAGGGAAGAUGGAGAUAGUUUACAAAGUUAAAAAAUUAGAAAGUCCUGAUCCUGGAGGAAGUUACAAUUUAGAGUAGAAGUGCCAAACACAGCCAGACCAGCAACACCUCCCAGUGUUACUGAACUAGAUUCAAAUGUAACUGGGAAAUAUUUAAAAAUAAAAUCAUCAAAAAUGUAAUAAAACAUAGCUAACAUUUUCAAA